AUGGUGAAUUUCUGGAGUUCAGUUUUUGUGUUACCUAAGCGGUUCUAUGCGAAAGUUGACUCUCUCUGCUCAGCUUUCCUUUGGAAAAACAGCACAGCCUCUGCAACGGGAGCGAGAGUUUCAUGGGGUGACAUCUGUAAACCGAAGAAAGAGGGGGGCCUUGGCUUGAGAAAAUUGGAGGAGUUUGAGAUGGUUUUCAGGUUGAAAAGAUUAUGGCAGUUCUUCUCAUGCUCAGGCUCUCUUUGGGUCCCCUGGCUCAGCAAUAACAGAUUCGGUGGCAGAAGUAAUUGGCUGAUAAAUGAUUCGCAGAGAUUCUCGAAGACUGUGAGGAGUAUGCUUGAGUUGAGGCAGGUGCUUCAGUCCUAUCUCCGCUGCAGCAUUAGGGAUGGUACUACAGCUUUGUUUUGGUAUGACUAUUGGACUGAGUUGGGUCCUUUGUACUUAAUGUUCGGAACCUUGGGGCCUAGAUCCCUACGGAUUCCUCUUAAUGCAACUGUGUCACAAGCAGUCUGCAACGGCCACUGGAAUCUACCUCCAGCAAGGUCAGAUUUAGCUGUGACACUCCAAAUUAUUCUCUCUACAACGCCUGUACCAAGUGACUCAAAUGGGAACGAUGUUUACUUGUGGAAGCAACACGCUGGUGGGUUUGGUAAGUCGUUUAUAUCUAGGGUGACGUGGGGGCGGUUACGCAUUCCAUUCCCGUUAGUCCCGUGGCACUUAGCAGCUCCUCCAGCUGCUUUAUCAUCUGUUGUUGAUCUAUGCGCGCAUCUUCAGGGUCCUCAUGCUUCCCUGGCGGUCACUGUCUUGAAGCUCAUCAACCAAGUAAUCAUCUACCAUCUAUGGCGCGAAAGAAAUGCUCGUAUCUUCCAAGGCGCUUCAAUGUCUCAACCGGCUUUCUUCAAGGUGGUCAAUCGUGCUCUGAGAGACAGGCUCUUGUCUCUUCCCUCGGUGUCUGCGUCCUCGCCGUCCCUGCUUGAGUUGUAUUUUUGGUUCAUUUCUCCCUUUAGUUAA